AUGGUGGUGGAAACUGGGCGUGGUCGAUCGCAAUAUAUAACCUCCAAUGAUUUGAAGAGUGCGGUUACAAAACACAAAUCUUUGACUUUAAGUUUGACGUCUUCAGCUCAGUACUUUGUGGACCGGCUGUCACCAAGAGACCGGCGCCUAUUGCAGGAAAACCUUCAACUCCUAGAUGGCAAGCGAGUGACUUUUGGUUCUACAUGCAGUGGCACUGACGUCAUUGUCCCAGUGGUGAAGCAUACCUUUUCAGAACUUAGCAAACUCUUCAACGUGUCCAUUCAGAUUGUCCAUAUUUUCAGCGUGGAGUCCCACAAGCAGAAAAGGAGUUUCAUCAAGGAUGCCCAUAGCACUUCCGAUGUCCAUCUUUUCGAUGAUGCUGCAAUCUUCAGGGAUGGAGGUGAAGCUUUUGGUGAUGUCUGUCAACGAUCUCAUGAGGUUCCAUCUGCAGUUGAUAUUUUGAUCUCCGGACCAUCUUGCAAGAACUUCAGCAAGGAAAAUCAGAAACGGGCCAACUUUGCUUCAUGUAACUUGGCUGGGAGUUCAAAUGUCUUGCUCCUGAAAUAA